AUGGUUGGGCAGGAUUUUGAUCCGCGCGACAUGUGCUGUAUGAGUGGAUGUGCCCAUUGCGUUCUCGACGACCUGUACGAGGAGGCUACUAAGGCCGAGGCCGAGGGGAAGGAUGUUUCGAAGAUAGAUCCAGCCAUCAAAGCAUUCAUGGAUAUGGAAAAGAAACAGAAAGAGAAGGCGAGACUGCGAGAAGAGGCCAAGAAACUGAAGGAGGCGCAGAAUGAGGUUCCUAGUUGA